AUGGGCAUCAUAGGCCCUUUACUAUGGGCACCCAGAAAAGCUCAGUACAUCUUGCUCAUGACCGAUUACUUCUCCAAGUGGGUUGAAGCACAGGUGUUUGAGAAAGUUAGAGAAAAGGAGGUUAUCAACAUCAUCUGGGAUCAUAUAAUAUGCAUGUUCAGUAUACCAACAAAAAUUACGUGUGACAACAGGAGACAAUUCAUCCGCAGCAAGAUUAAUAAGUUCUUCGAAGAUCACAAAAUCAAAAAGAUUUUAUCGACCCCUUAUCGCCCGAGUGCAAACAAUCAAGCGGAGUCAAAAAACCAAAACUAUCUUGCAGAACCUGAAGAAAAGGAUGACCGACUCAAAAUGAAAGUGGAAAGAAACUCUGCCAGAGGUCCUAUGGGCAUAUCGAACAACUUCGAGGUCGAGCAUUGGUGA